AUUGGCAUGGCAUCUCUUCGCGCCUCGCCAUUUCCUUUCACUUUCACAUCCUCCAACUCUCGAUUUCCCUUCUCAAUCACUACAAUUAGGGCUACCUUUUCGUCUCCCCGGCGCGUCUGGACUCGGCCUUCGAACUCAAUGAGUGAACCCGCCGUACACGAGGACGGCAACGGCGUGAAGGCGGAGAACUCCGACGUGCUAGUCCAGUACGUGGUGCUCCGGCGAGACCUGAUUGACACAUGGCCGCUCGGAAGCGUCGUGACACAGGGCUGCCAUGCCUCCGUGUGUGCCGUCUGGUCCCACAAGGACGAUCCUCACACCGUCGAGUAUUGUAGUCCCCAAAACAUUGAUUCUAUGCAUAAGGUCACUCUUGAGGUGAAAGGAGAACCUCAGAUCUUGAACUUGUCAGAAAAGCUCACAGCUGGUGGCAUCACUCAUAAACUGUGGAUAGAACAACCUGAAAACAUUCCAACUUGCCUUGCUACCAAGCCCUAUCCCAAAUCUGUUGUAUCAUCAUUUUUCAAGAAGUUGAAACUCUGCAAGUGAGUUUGAUUUACCAUAAGAAGAAAGAGUGAAGAGGAUAUAACUCAAGAAGAGAAGGUGUUUGAAACAAAAAAAGGGCAGAGAAACCACCCCAAAGCCAAGUCUUUUAAGUAGUGUUCGGAGGUUAUCUACCAACAAAAAAAAAAAAAAGAAAAAAAAAAGGCUUAUCCAGGGAUAUGGAAAGCAGUGGUAGAUCAACAUAUCAAGUCAUAUUUGUUACACCAGACCAGACACACCUUUUUUGUCAUCCUAUUUUUUGACUGACGGGAGCGGUAGGAAUAUCAAUAGCAAAGGACGGUAAAGAACUGCAAAGAACAGUAUCCAGAAUAGGAGAAAACCAGGCUCGUGGGGCCUGUUUAAGUCCAUAAAGAACCUUUUGAAGCUUGCAAACAUAAUUUGGAAAUUGUGGAAUCUGAAAUCUAGGCGGUAGGGCCAUAUACGCAUCUUCAUGGAGCAGCCGAUGUGAAUAGUUGUAGGCUUAUCAUCUGGAUUGUAGAUAUUGUCAUAAUCCAGGCCCGAUCAUUGAUGAAAGCCCUUGGCAAUCAAGCAGUCCUUGUGAUGUUCGAUUGAGCCAUCAACAUUUCUUUUGAAGUUUAAAAACCCAUUUACAAACCACAACGUUCAUGCCACGUGAGGAAGGAACAAGAAGGAUCCAUGUUUUGUCUGUAUUGUAUUUAUAAACGUAUACACACAAGGUGUUUGAUGAAAAGCCUCAAGCAAUCUAUUCAUCCCUGAGAGGCUGUAUUGUAUUUAUAAUUCCAGUGUUUUGCAUCAUGUUGUAUCGUACAAUAAAUGGAAAACAAUCCUUACAGAAUAUACACUCAAAA